UGUCGAAACGCUGUGGAAACUUUGGGAUUCAGGAUUCAAGGCUACUUUGGACUUUGUCACUCGGUCGUUUUUGUUUUUCAGCAAAACAGAAGGGAUUUUUUGUCCGUGUGUUUGCAGCACAACAGUGUUUACGGGGAGAAUCAUGCAGUUACCAGCGCAUCGCUUCUUGGCUGUGUAUCUCACGCUGUUUGGAUACCUUGGGGACGUUUACGCGGGGACAGUCCUGACGAACUCCAACGCCAUCAAAAACUUGCCCGGAGCUUCGGGUGGCAAAGGCACAAACACUGUCAGUCCGAGUCCGCGCACCUCACCCUCCGGUAGCGUGGGGCACAAAUUACCCGUAGACACCUUGCAGCAGUCGGGUGUUUGCACGGAUGAUGAAGACUGCGGAGGUGAUGAAUUCUGCAACGACGUCCGAGGCGCCUGCCUGCCCUGCCGUAAGAGCCGGAAGCGUUGCGCACGGGACUCUAUGUGUUGUGCAGGAAACCGCUGCAGUAACGGUGUUUGCCAAGCAAAUGAUAUAGAUGGUACUGAUGCAUCCAUCAUCACCGGCUUGCCCAAACAAAACAACACCAUGGAGCAUCAGGCCAAGAGGCCCCCCACUGCCCAUGGCCAUCAGCCACAUGCUGUGAAAGGCCAGGAGGGGGAUACUUGCCUGAGAUCUGCAGACUGCUCAGAGGGUCUGUGCUGCGCCAGACACUUCUGGUCUCGCAUUUGCAAGCCUGUGCUGACGGAGGGCCAGGUGUGUACACGCCACCGCAGGAAAGGCACCCACGGCUUGGAGCUGUUCCAGCGCUGCGACUGUGGUGACGGUCUGGCUUGCCGACCAGAGAAAGGAGAGCGAGACCAAAGUGUCAGCAGGACUGCAGCCCGGAACCUACACACCUGUCAGAGACGCUGACAUAAACGCGCGGACACACAGACAGAAAUACACUCUCACACAGACACAGACACACAACCAGCAAACCCACAUAUCAGUGAGACACUGACCAACACUUCUCAACCUUGCAUACACCAGAGAUGCUGACAUACAGACAUAGACACCCAACACCUAAGACAUUCUUUCCUGCCAAAGUUGCUGACUCAAACACAGCACCCGGAAGGAUAGACAUUAUCCCUGGAAAAGUGAUACACCCAGAGGGAUGCAACAGUGCAAGGCGGACUGAUCCAAUUCCCCAUCAACAGAUGAGGAGUCGGAAGUUAGGAAGUGACAUCUCAGAAGUCUUUGGAACAUCGAUUCAUUUUCGUCGGUAAUGGCAGAGCUGUUUUGUUUCUCUUUUUAUGGAACUUCAAGCCUCAGUUAUUGCAGUAAAUUACUGUAUUGUAAAUAUUAUCCUGGAGGUGGCACUUAAUUGAGCUAUUGAAUUCUGUCAACACCAGUAUUAUAAAGACAUGGUGCUGCAUGCAUU